UAUACAAAGCGAAAAAGGUAGUCACACUUACACCUCACACAAAUCACGAGUCUCUUUCUUUCAAUUUGUGUCUUAAAUCCCAAGCUUUCCCAACUAAUCUCAUCUGUCUCAGUGCUGCUGUUUGUAAGCAAGUCUUGUCUAUUUCUUGCUGAGAUCUAGAGAAGAAAGCCCAAAAAUGGCGGAAGAGAAAGAUCCAACUUCAGUACCACUUAGUCAAGUUGAAGAAGAAGAUCCUGAAGACCCCGCCAAAUCACCUCCUGAGUCCCCCAAUUCUUCUACCCGCAAGGCUUGCUGUUAUUUUCUUCAAAGCUGGGUAUCAAAGAAGUUUAUGACUGGAUGUGUGGUUCUCUUCCCUGUAGCAGUUACAUUCUUUGUGACUUGGUGGUUUAUUCAGUUUGUUGAUGGUUUCUUCAGUCCACUAUAUGAACAACUUGGCAUUGACAUAUUUGGACUAGGAUUUGUCACAUCUCUUGUUUUUGUAUUCUUAGUUGGGGUUUUUGUUUCGUCUUGGCUGGGUGCUACUGUUUUCUGGAUUGGGGAAUGGAUUAUUAAGCGAAUGCCAUUUGUCAGACACUUAUACUCGGCCUCAAAGCAGAUAAGUUCUGCAGUAUCUCCAGACCAGAACACCACUGCUUUUAAGGAAGUGGCAAUCAUUCGUCAUCCCCGUGUGGGUGAAUAUGCCUUUGGUUUUAUUACAUCAUCAGUCACCCUUCAGACAGAUGAAGGGGAUGAAGAAUUGUGUAGUGUUUUUGUCCCUACGAACCAUUUGUACAUUGGUGAUGUACUCCUGGUUAACGCCAAUGAUGUUAUAAGACCAAACAUGUCCAUCCGCGAAGGCAUUGAGAUAAUCGUCUCCGGAGGAAUGACCAUGCCUCAAAGGAUCUCUCAUGUGGCACGGGUUGCGCGACAAAGUGAGAGAAUUCCACUGAACAGAAUUAAGUAACAAUGGCUAUGAGCAUGACAAUAUAGAACUAUUUGUAAUUAGUUAAGGAGGAAAAGAUCAUAUAUACAUUGCUGUAAUUUUCUCGAUCGUGCUGAUGCACUUCAAUAUGUUGUUAAUUUGCAGUAAA